AUGACCAUGGACUUCUCAGAAAAAGAAGUGGAAUAUGUUUUCGAAGCUAUGGAGAAACGACCCAUUACGUAUCAUACCAUUUCAAGAGAUCUCAAGCUAUCGAUGAAUAAGAGCAAACAUCUACUUGCACAAUGUUACCAAACCAAUAAGAAAAGAGUGUGUGCAUGCUUUAUUGCCACGGGAACACGAGGAGAAUCAAUAGUUAUCCACAGAUUCGAGACAGAAAAUGAUUUGAACGAAAACUUGACAUUGACUUUUGACAAGGUUCACACUAUACAAAUCUACAGCUUGCAAUUGGAGCAGAACAACAUAAGCCCCGUGGAAACAGCACUGGAGGAACUUCGCAACCCAACGAAUUUAAGCAAAGUAGCAACUUAUCACGAACUCGGCCUCAUCAAAGGGCCAGUUCUCUCAAAAAGUGCUAGGGUAAUACUGCCACUGACAGUGAAACCUGAGGCCAAGGCUGUCAAUGUCCCCAAACCUCCGCAAUCUAAAACCACUAUUGAAAGCGGUACAAAUAAAAGGAGCGGACCGGUGUAUCAGUCAAGGAAGACGCCUGUGAAGCCUCCUUCCGGUAACGUUCUAAGAAAGGAGAUGAGAACAAACGCAGCUAUUAAGCGAGCAGCAGAAUCUAAGCCAGCAUAUCAGUAUAAAUCCAGAAAAUUGGAGCAGACGGAACCCAAAGAAAGAGUUGUAGUGGCGGAUCACGAAGAAGUUGAACCAGAGAGCGAUGUGGGACUGAAAUCUGCUGGCCCCAUGGUGGCUGACAACUCCAAACUAGAGUCGCUCUUCCUCGAUGAUGAUUUCACAGAUGAUGAAAGUGAUCUAAAAACUAACGAGCUUCCUGUGGAGGAAGAAAGUCAGCCAAUAGCAGUGGUUAAUGAUGAUCCAGAGUCACAAGACGCCGAGCCUAUUAGCGCGCCUACGGUACCAGAAGACUCUAUUUUCAGAUCUUUUACGUCUAAUUCUACUGGUAGAUCCUCUGCUACGCCUGAACCCUUUAAUGUCACUCCUAAAGAAACCACAGUUGACAAUGACGGAUACUUUACACUGUAUAAGCAAACAGAGACAGCGCAGCCUAAAAAGAGUGCCCCUAAGUUGAACAAACUUGAAGCAGUUAAGACUAACAAAAGUGCAAAAAACGAUGGGAAGAAAAAACAAGCGUCACUCAUGAGCUUUUUCGGCAAAAGGUAG